UUCAAUCCCAUCGAAAACUGAGUUUUUGAAUCCUUACUUGAGUGAUAGCAAUCCCAAGAUUGUAGAGCAACCAAUGUCCCCGAAAAUGGCCAACUUGGUCUAUUAUGCCUUGGCAAUGUGCUUGAUUGCCAAUAUCGUGGCUGCUGAAUACCAGCCUUAUUAUUCAUCACCACCACCGCUACCUUACAAAUACAUGUCACCUCCACCUCCAUCACCGUCUCCUCCUCCCCCAUACUAUUACCAAUCUCCACCACCACCUUCUCCAUCUCCUCCACCCCCAUAUUACUAUAAAUCUCCACCACCUCCAUCUCCUUCACCCCCACCACCACCAUCUCCUUCGCCCCCACCCCCUUACUACUACAAGUCCCCACCACCACCAUCUCUUUCGCCCCCACCCCCUUACCACUAUAAGUCCCCACCACCACCAUCCCCUUCACCUCCACCUCCAUAUUACUACAACUCCCCACCACCACCAUCUCCUUCACCUCCACCUCCAUAUUACUACAACUCCCCACCACCACCAUCCCCUUCACCUCCACCUCCAUAUUACUACAAGUCCCCACCACCACCAUCCCCUUCACCUCCACUUCCAUAUUACUACAAGUCCCCACCACCACCAUCUCCAUCCCCUCCACCUCCUUAUUACUACAAGUCCCCACCACCCUCCUCUCCAUCGCCACCUCCUCCAGUAUAUUACUAGUUAUAAAUUAGCGAAGAGAGUAAGCUCCAAGACUUCGAUGAUUUCUUGGGGGGUUCGCUUUCUUCCAUUCUAUCUCAUACGGUACACAAGGAGCAGCAUGGCCAGGAUGUUCCUAGAUACAUUCUUCUUCUUAUGAUCCGAUAACUAUUAUUUGUUUUUGCUUUCACUAUUAUUUUGUCCUACCAGACAUUGUAAAUAAAAGGAUAGAUACAUUGUGUCCA